AGCUCAAAGGGUGUGGAAAGAAGAGGUAAAAAUAUGAGAAAACAGCCUGCACUAACUCUGCCCCAUCAGAUCUUGCCCACACUCCAUUUGGAGAACGCUUCAUCAGUCCUAGGCUUGGAAGUAGGGAAGCUUCGUAGUAUUUUCAUGAACUGGACAACUGCCACUGCUCAUAGGAGGGCAGUGUGGGCUUCUGCAAAUGAAGAAGUUAGCGGGAUACAGCAAGAUGCAGGAGUCUCUGGAGGUGUCCCUUCCCAGCAAACAAGAGGAGGAUGAGGAGGAGGAGGAUGAGGAGGAGGAGGAGGAGGAGGAAGAGAAGGACCAGCCUGCCGAGAUGGAGUACCUUAACUCUCGCUGUGUCCUUUUCACUUAUUUCCAGGGAGACAUUGGGUCAGUAGUGGACGAACACUUCUCAAGAGCUUUGGGUCAAGCCAGCAACUUCCAUCCUGAACCUGCCAUUUCAAAAAACAAGAUGGGGUUAAGCCCCCUGUGGCGAGACAGCUCAACCCUUCCCGGCCAGCGGAGUGGUUUCCCGACUUCGUUCUGGACCAGCUCCUACCAGCCCCCGCCCGGGCCUUGUUUGGGUGGAGGGCACCACGACUUCCCAAGUCCCACCCCAAGCUCCUUCCCCACGGCAGAGCCCAGCUGCUGGCCGGGGCCCAGCCUGCACCAGACUGCCCCGCCCCCCGCCCCGGCCGGCUCGGAGCCCUGGCCUUACCCGUUGGCAUCUCAGGUGAGCCCUUCGUACUCACACAUGCACGAGGUGUACGUGCAUCACCACCACCCCCAUCCUCACAUGCACCACCGCCACCACCACCACCACCACACCCCCCCAGCCGGCUCACACCUCGACCCCCGGUACGGAUCCUUGCUGAUGCCUUCGGUUCGUGCGGCCAGGAUUUCCGCUCCACAGUGUGACAUAAAGACGGAUCCUACUACUGCCACCACUGCUACCUCAGCGUGGGCUGGAGCCUUUCACGGAACGGUGGACAUUGGGCCUGGUUUUGGAUUCGAUACAGGUCUACAGCACCAGGACAAGAGCAAGGAAGCCCCUUGGUUCUGAGGCACCAGUGAUAGUGUGAGCCCCACAGCUGGGAGAGGACUGCCACAAAUGAUCCCUUUUUCUGUACCGGGGUCAAGGACGCAAGGGAGAGGAGAAGGUGAAGAGCACAAAUCCCGCCAAAACAGGUUCUGCUUUGGAACCGCUGGCGGGAUGUGGAACAAUUGCUGAAAAGCCUCGGUUUCCAUCCUCUCCUCAUCUGAGCCUGCACCAGCUGGCCAACCCUGCUCCUUCUUGCUUCUUUAACUGCUCGGCUUAUUUCUCAUUUGUUUGAUUUGUUGCUGUUUUUGAACUAACCACCUUAAUUGUCAGGGAAAGGCAGGCCUCUGUGGCCAUGUUCACCCUUUCAGGAAUACCGUUUUGUAACUCUUUGUGCCUCUAUUUUUGUAGAAAUACAGAAAGUUGGUUUAGCAUUGAUGGGCUGUUUGAGAGGGAUGUAUUUUUUUAAAAAAAUUGUAAAAAUUGUUAAGUUCUGUUUAAAGAACUUGCUCUCAGAGACGCACUGGCAAAAAAAUGUAUAAAAUGCUUUCUUAUAGAUGUCUGUGAUGUGACGUGUCUAUAUUUUUUUGCGGGGAAGGGGAAUUGUCUCAAGUGUGUUUUUUUUUUCCAGUAGCACCAUUGCUGAGCUGAUCUGAACUCUUUUCCUUUUGUAACAGUAUGAAGUGAACAGUGACAAACUAUGAUUUUCAUGACUCAGACGCACAGAGGGUUCAGAAAUAUUGUCAAAAAAAUGAUAGUUUGUUCUCGAAAGACUAUUUGGGGGCAAAUGAGAAGAACGGUUUUGCAAAAAAAAUAAAUAAAUAAAAUCUCUUCAGUCUAAAGAAGAAUUGGCUGGUAGGAAAGUUAUUGUACCAACAGCAUAAAUGAACCUAGGGUUCAUGUAGUACAGUAGGAGAAAAAAUUGUUCUAUCUUUGGAAACCUCUAAGAAACAGGAGUUAGGUCCAUCAUUCUAAUUAUCUAGUCAUGACAAUAUGAAAUGUCAUUACUCUUUCAGUAGAAUCUUUUUUUUUUCCCCACACACACAGGGAGGGAUUUGGAAGACAAACGUGCAAAUCUAACAAGCAAAUUUCUGUACUGGUCACCAGACUAUUAGCCCUGUGGCGGUAGCUGAAGAGUUCUCCCAUAUUCAUGUAUAUUUUUGUGUUCUGGAGCUUUUUGUUGAACAAUAUAUUUAAUAAAUGGUAUUUCACAUGUGUUUCUGUAACUCUAGGAAUUUGUUUGUAUUUUCAGAUUUUUUAGUAGUGAUUGUUAAGGCCCAUACAUCAGUCAAUCAAUGGUAUUUAUUGAGUGCUUACUGUGUGCAGAGCACUGAACUAUGAGUUUGAGAGAGUACAAAAAAAGAGUUGGCAGACAUGUUUCCUGCCCACAAGGAGCUUAUAUGACAGUGUGAUUUGAAUUGGGAGAGAAUAAAAGUUCAGUUUGAGUACUGUUCAUUUGAAAUGGAGUGAUCCAUCAACUGAAAAUAAGAGGAUUCAAAUGACAAGGCUUGAAUCAAAUGGACAGUUUGUUUCAAAUAUUGAUCUUUGUGAGAGCAAAACUCAAAUGGUCUUAGAAAGCCACCUGGCUUAAACUGUACUACAUUGUGAAAAGAAAAUAACUGGCUAAUACCUGUGCUUCACGAUGCUUUCAGUGCUUUGAGCCACUCUGUAGCUGCCAGCAAUGGUAAAACUUAAAGUCCUCAAAAGUUGUAAGUGUGGUUAAUAGAAUCUCUCCUCAGUUUUUCCUAGGAGAUUCAAAACACAGUAAAAUACCACUCUGCAAAUUUAAUAUGGAUAUGUGUGUAUAUACAUAUAUAUAUAAAUAUAUAUAUAUCUUAUCUUAGUAUAUUCAACUUCACAUUAAUAAGCUUAGCUAGGCAGGUUUUUCCACAGCUUUAUCUUUUUCAGAAAUGCUCCAUUGCUAUAGUUUAGAUCUUCAGAUCCAUCUUUAAAUCCUUUGUCUAACCAUCCUCAAGACCCUGACAUCCACCUUCCUAUAACUCUCGCUAUUUCACCUGUAGGGCCCGUCAUUAAUUUCAUUUCUAAAUCAGAUACUGCCUUAAGAUCUACAACUGCCAAAUGUAGGCAUGUUUUCAUUCUGCAAUUUGUACACAUUCUGACCACGACCUUGCCUAUCCAGUGAAACUAGUUAUGCAGGUCCUAAAAAGCUUGAAGUUUGCCCUAGGUUUCCCAACUAUGGGAGCAAUGCUGAAUUUCCACUGUUUGAAAGUUAGGCCCGAAACACUUGUUGCACACGAUAUUUCUGGACACUUUGUUAGGCAGCUAGAAUUGAAAAUCUGAAGCAUGUAAACCUGUAGGCAUCUCAGUGGGCCCACUGGUAACUUUCAGUUCAGGUAUUUUCAAAUACAUUGUAAACUUCAAGAAAUUAAUACAUCCAUUGAUUUAGAGCAUCACAUUUUUUCAUCAUUUAAAUCUUCUCUAACAUUUUGGACUAUUGGCACUUAGAUGGAAAACACUGCACUGGAAGCUGUCUGCUAGUUUACUUUACUGAAAACCUGAAGGAAACAGCAAAAUAUGGUGGAAAAAAAGACCUCCACUUGAAAAAAAGAAACACUUUAUGAACUAAGUCAGCAGAUUUACUCCACCUCAGGGAAAAAAAAAAAAAGAAACGUCUUUAUUAGAAGCAGAUGUUGAUUCUGUAUCCAUUAUUGGAAACGGAAAGUUUACUAGACCCAUUUCAGUUAUAAAAGGGUACUGAUGACAGUACCCUUGAUCACCUUUUCAGGAAGAGGAGAGGAAAACAGGUCUCCGAAACCAGGGGGAAACCCAACCACCACUGCAAAUAACCAGUGAAAUAUAUCAAUCUAUUUUUGAACAGAGUAAAAUGGAUUUAAACAGCUUAUAAAAAGGCACAAGUUUGGGGGAAUAUUCCAAAUUUUGACAGAAAGUUUAACUUGGAAAUACUGUCACUCUUAUUUUGUAAAAAAAAAACAAAACAAAAAGAAACCAAAACAAACUACAGUGGCCCCAAAAUACCAUUUAACCUAUUUUCAAAUCUUGGGAAAUGGUACCGUUACAGAUUUCUGCCCAACCAGCUCUAGAAAUAUGUUUCUCUUUUGCUUGAACCUAGGUUUCUCCUUCAGAUACUAUCACCUUAAAAAAAACCCUAAUCUUCAAUAAACUGAUAAAUGCAUCCAUUAUUUCAGAGGAACCAGUUAAAAGACCACCUUUAUAUUUCUCAGGUUUUUCCUUUAACCUUUUUUAAAAGGAAGUUUACUAAAUUCUCAGCUCUGUGUGGGAUGUCUAUAAUCUAGUAAUACUAUAAAACUGAUGUUUUUCUUAUAGUUUCCCCAAGGCCUUUACCAGUUAACAUGUCACUGUACUUAAAACCACUACCUACUCCACUGUACAAGUGCCACAAAUGAGGUCUUCCUGGAGAACAGGUCACCAGCACACAAAAUCCAACAAACAAUUCAAAGAACGUAGGCCGUUCUGUUUAAGUCUAGAAUUAUGUGUAGUACAGUAAUAUAAAAUUGAAGUUGGGGAUUUUGUUAACUCCAACUAUUCAGAAUGCAAAUAAGGAAGACAGUAAUUGAUAAUGACCUACAGGACAUUUGACUUUACAUUUUUUUCAUGAGUCUUUAAAUAUAGAUUUUAAGACAUAGGAUCAAAAACAAUGAUAUUCCAGCAAAAUUAAU